AUGGCGAACACACCACAUGAGCCUCAAGCCGCACCUGUGUUCAGCUCUGCAACCAGAGGUGAAAUUGUCACGAUCUUCAUCGGCCCCGAAAAGAAGCGCUACAACAUCCACAAGGACAUCAUCUGCCACCACUCAGAGUACUUCCGCACCUCAUUCAACGGGCGCUGGAAAGAGUCUGACGAGGGCGUGACACUGGAGGACGUCGAAGUCCCGGUGUUCAAUGUCUUUGUGCACUGGCUCUACGCGCAGGAGAUACCGUCAGACUGGGAGUCAAUCCUGCGAUUGGCAGAGGCAUCUGAAUUCGUCUCUCUACAAAAUUCGUCCAGUUAUGGCUACGCUUGCGUGCUUGUCUUGAAGUGUGUUAUAUUCGGAGAUCGAUUCCUCACACCAGUCUUCCAUCGUCUCGCACACAACACAUUCGUCAACGACCACUUCAUUGAGAAGGGUAUGGAGAUAUGCAGUAGCGUUACCUACACGGCUGUUAUAUGGGCCUUCGAUAACCUGCCGACGGACAGCCCGAUCCUCGUUAUGAUGGUUGACUUGCAGGGCACUGCAUGGGAUGAGUGGCAUGACAACGAGGCAGAAAAGCGUCGGAGGUCCCGGUUGCCACAUGAGUUCCUUGUUGCCGUUAUGCUGAAGCAAACCAAGAUCCGGUCCGAGGAAGAAAAGAUGGCCUGUGCUGCCAACGGAAAGUAUUGUCACAGCUAG